CGCGCCUGCGCAGUCUGUCCCCGAAGCGGAAUGUCAGGGCUGAGGGGAGAAUGGCGGCGGCGAAGGUCCGAGGGAGAGGACGGAGCUCCGGCGGCGGAGGCUGAGCGGCCUUUCGGAGCGUAGCAGGCGGAGGCGGAGGAAGGCGGCGAUGUUCGGGCGGUCGCGGAGCUGGGGUGGAGGCGGAGGCGGCGGCCAGGGCAAGGCCGCCAAGAACAUCCACUCCCUCGAACACCUCAAGUAUAUGUACCACGUUUUGACCAAAAAUACCACUGUGACCGAUCACAACCGCAACCUGUUAGUGGAGACCAUUCGCUCUAUAACCGAGAUCCUUAUAUGGGGAGACCAAAAUGACAGUUCAGUCUUUGACUUUUUCUUGGAGAAGAACAUGUUUGUGUACUUCUUGAACAUCCUGCGUCAGAAGUCUGGCCGGUAUGUCUGUGUGCAGCUUCUACAGACGCUGAACAUCCUCUUUGAGAACAUUAGCCAUGAAACGUCUCUCUACUAUCUGCUCUCCAAUAACUACGUAAAUUCUAUCAUCGUGCAUAAAUUUGACUUCUCUGAUGAAGAGAUCAUGGCGUACUAUAUUUCCUUCUUGAAAACACUUUCCCUGAAGCUCAACAACCACACUGUACAUUUCUUUUACAAUGAGCACACAAAUGACUUUGCUUUGUAUACGGAGGCCAUUAAAUUCUUCAACCACCCUGAAAGUAUGGUCAGGAUUGCAGUCCGGACAAUAACACUGAAUGUCUACAAAGUGGAUAACCAGCCGAUGCUGCACUACAUCCGGGAUAAAACCGCCGUCCCUUACUUCUCCAAUCUGGUCUGGUUUAUCGGGAGCCACGUGAUAGAACUGGACAACUGUGUGAAAACGGACGAAGAGCACAGAAACAGGGGCAAGCUCAGCGACCUAGUUGCAGAGCACCUAGACCACCUUCAUUACCUGAAUGAUAUCCUUAUCAUUAACUGUGAAUUCCUAAAUGAUGUGCUCACUGACCACUUACUGAAUAGCCUCUUCCUGCCUCUUUAUGUAUACUCCUUGGUGAACCAAGAUAAGGCUGAGGAACGGCCGAAGAUCAGCCUCCAGGUUUCCCUGUACCUCUUGUCACAAGUUUUCCUAAUUAUCCACUAUGCUCCGCUGGUGAAUUCAUUGGCGGAAGUGAUUCUGAACGGGGACCUCUCCAGGUUUUUCUCCAAAGUGGAGCAGGACAUCCAGAAAAGUUCGCUCAAACUUGGGCCUUUAGAAAUUGAGAUGGUCAUCAUGGAGCGGUGUAAGUUGAUUUCUGUCACGGAGCAAAACAUCACGGAUGAAGAAAAGAGCGCAGCUGCUUCGGGAAUGUCCAACUGGAACAGGCCUUUCCUCGAGAUGGUCUAUAAUGCCCUGGAAUGCGCCGAGUUUGACUACUACGCCCUGUUUGUGCUCUGCCUCCUCUACGCCAUGUCCCACAACAAAGGAAUCCAGCCCGUCACUUUGGAACGGAUCCAGCUGUCGGCCGAAGGGGCAGAAGAGAAGAACACCUACAACCCCGUUCUGGCAGAAAGGAUCAUCCGGAUCAUGAACUUUGCUGCGCAGCCAGAUGGCAAGAUCCGCUUGGCCACCUUGGAACUGGGCUGCAUCCUGCUCAAGCAGCUGGUGAUGACCAAAGCCCGGAGCAUCAUCAAGGACAUUCACCUCGCCUGUCUGGAAGGUGCGAGGGAAGAAAGUGUCCACUUGGUGCGGCGUUUUUACAAGGGAGAAGAGAUUUUUCUGGAUAUGUUUGAAGAUGAAUACAGAAGCAUGACACUGAAACCUAUGAAUGUGGAGUACCUGAUGAUGGACGCCUCCAUCCUUCUGCCACCCACCGGGACACCCCUCACCGGUAUCGACUUUGUGAAGCGGCUGCCCUGUGGAGACGUCGAGCGAACGCGGAGGGCCAUCCGGGUCUUCUUCAUGCUGCGCUCCCUCUCCCUGCAUCUUCAGGACGAGCCAGAGACGCAGCUGCCUUUGACGAGGGAAGAGGACUUGAUUAAGACAGACGACGUUCUGGACCUGAACAACAGUGACUUAAUUGCCUGCACUGUGAUCACCAAAGACGGGGGUCCGGCCCAGAGGUUCCUGGCAGUGGAUAUCUACCAGAUGAGUCUGGUGGAACCGGACGUGGCCCGAUUAGGGUGGGGAGUGGUCAAGUUCGCCGGCCUUCUCCAGGACAUGCAAGUGACUGGAGUGGAGGAUGACAGCCGGGCCCUGAACAUCGUCAUCCACAAGCCGGCGUCCAGCCCUCACUCCAAGCCCUUCCCCAUCCUCCAGGCCACCUUCAUCUUCUCGGACCACAUCCGCUGCAUCAUCGCCAAGCAGCGCCUGGCCAAGGGCCGCAUCCAGGCCCGACGCAUGAAGAUGCAGAGAAUCGCAGCUCUCCUCGACCUCCCAGUCCAGCCGGCCAAUGAAGUUAUGGGCUUUAGCCACGGCUCUGCUUCGGCUGCCCAGCACCUGCCCUUCCGCUUCUAUGACCAGGCCAGGCGAGGCGCCUGCGACCAGGCCGUCCAGCGCUCCGUCUUCGCUUCAGUGGACAAGGUCCCAGGUUUUGCAGUGGCCCAGUGCCGACCCUCCCUGACUCCCUCGCCGAGCCCCUCACCGUCCCCUUCCUCCAGUGGAAGCACUGGACGCUGCGACUCAGCUGCCGCCAGCUCCUCCUCCACCCCUUCGGCCGUCCAGAGCCCUGCAGACGACUCGGCAGCCCCUGACCAGACCCCGACCACCACUGCUUCCUCCUCGUCCUCUGUCCGUCUUUCGGGAACGGACGACCCCUCCGUACAUGUUUCCAAAUCCGCCAGCAAGGCUGCCGCUGAAGGGGAGUCGACGGCAACAACAACGCACCUCUCUCCCUGCCUGACUCCAGCCCCGCAGCCCUCUAUCUCCCUGCUCUCUGCAGAGGCUCUGAGUGUGGAGUCCCUCACUCUGGUGCCUCCUGUUGCCCCAGGCAGCAUCUUGGCUGUCAGCGCCCUGCUCCGGGCCCCCGACUCAGAGGCCAACCUCGGACCAGAGACCCCCGGUGAUGGGGCCUUGAGCGACAUAGCAUCAGAGGCCGGUGAAGAGCCAUGACCCCUGCCACAUUCGUCUUGGGGAAACCUCCAUCACACCACACCACUUCGUCACCAUCCUAAAAACAAUAAACCCGCCGCCAUUUUUAAAACCGCAAACAAUUCAGACUAGAGCACUGAUAUGGCCUGGGAACCACUGAAGGGAUUAUUUGAUUAGCUGGCAGAGGAUGGGAUUCCUGCCUGUCCUUUUUCUGUCAAAAGGAUCAAAACUCUGAAUUCGGACACUGAUACGGCAGGGAAUUAAUUGAAUUGAGGAAAUUAGUAUUAUGCAGUCAUCGUGGCUGUUUGAUGCAGGGAUUCCUUCCUUUCUCGGCUACUCUUUUAACAUUUUAAAAGGAGCCUGUAUUGUAGGAACCAGCAAUGAGCAAGCUCAGUGUUUGACCACCUCAACUGGUUUUGCAGCCCCUCUCUUUUCACUUUGUAUUGCAAACAUGGUGCCAGCAGAUUUUGGGAUACUUUCCAUUCUCGGCCCCUGUCUUUGUAUCAAAAGGAUCAUUCGCAAAGCAAACUCAAAAUUCAGACACGGAUAUGGUAGGAAAUGAAUUGAAAAGAUGAUUCCGUUACCGUGGCUGGUGAAAUGCAGGGAUCCCUUCCUUUCCUGGCUACUCUUUUAGUGUUUUAAAUGGAUCCUUUGCAUUGUAUGAACCAGCAAUGAGGAACUCAUCCUUUUGCAUCCUGACCUGUUUUGCAGGACCUCGCUUUCCACUUUGGAGCCAGUGGAUUGUGAGAUCUCUUCCUUUCUCAGCAUAUUUUUUGCAACAGAAAAAAUUAUCUGACCAUUUUUUUUUUAGUUCCUUGCUUUUGAUUUUGCCUGGAAGACAUGGCAGUUUGGAUGGGUUCCCUCUUUUCCGAAGUUCCAAAUCUUGUCUUGCCGACUUCACUGGAUCGCUUGCCCUUUAGAGACCUAUAAACUGUAAUAUUCUUUUGGUGUUAAUGAUUUUAACUUAAAAUGUCAUCCGCACGUCCGUCUCGGGUUUGCAAAGACACACGCAGCAUCUUGGGGUGUUUUUUUUUUCUGGGGGGCGGGGUGGGGUCGUUCUUCAAGGGCUUCUUUGGGCGAAACACAGAGCGGCCGGGUUUUGUGUAAAGCAUUUCAGAAGAAUGUAAAAAUAUUUUAGCAAA